UGCGCUAGCUCUAAUAGGCAAAGCUAACUCCGUGCCCCUGCAGUUGUGCUUGAAGCUGAGAAGUGGGACUUAACCUCAGGAAUCGCUCACAUUGCCUGUUCUGGCGUGCCUUUCUCCGGUUCGAUUUUUGCAUCUUCAACUUCACAUCGCCUUCGCACGCUGGUUGCCAGCUCUUCACAGUUCCAAAUGGCAACUCCGGACCUGUAUGAAAUCCUUGCGAAUCUUGACUUUCUGGUUCUUGGCCCCAAGACUCGGUCAUUGCAGGAUAAAGACUUCGGCGAAUAUGAAAAUAAGAUUCUUAUCCAGAUAGCGGAGGGCUUGCACAAUCAGUUUACGGUCGAUGAAGUAAGGGAGCAGCUUUGGGAGGCAUUUCGAUUCAGAGAAAGCUUUCCCGAGUACGCUUUUGAUCUACUGUUUCUCCACGGCAGCUCCGAGUUCGACCUCAACCGUGAAGAGCGAGAACACAUUGCAACACAUCUGGACACGAUUCGGCUACGCAAAGCAUGCGCACAAACAUUGCGGAACGAUACUCUACGGUCAAGGUCCAUUGCCCUCGCCCCCGUGCAGAAACAGGAAGCACGCUCCACCGCUGUAUGCGCCAGACUACUAUCAAGCUCCCACAAGACUCGUAAUAAGCCCGUUGGAAGAUGUGCAGUCUCGAAGUCAAGCAAAUCACCCAAGGUGGGAGCAUUGUAUAAGUUCAUCUAAGGGCCAUUGUUGACCUGGACAGCGACGCCGUACAACUACAAAAGAUCAGACAACGCAAACUGAUAUUAUCGCACCAAGCAUCGAGGUCGACGAGACUCCAUGUGAUUCUCCAGUUUCAGCAGCU